UCUUUUUAAAUGUUUUUUUUUGCUUUAUUGGCAUUUUUCAUUUUGAAACCCACUUUUUCAGCUCAAGUUACCAAUUUUCCAUUCCAUGCGUUAAGUCAUCCAAAACCCAAUAUGCGGAAGCUGCGGAUUCUAUUCAAUUGGAUGUACGUAGACCGAGAAUUAGACGCUUGUAUAUUUGGUUGCAUAUUAUUUUUUGAACACACUUUUAUCACUACAAGCUAAUAGACUUAUAACAAAAAAUUUACUCGAAGAAAGUCGCAAUGUCCCAUAUGGGUUUAAGAAGAACACAAUGCUCAAAACCUCUAAAAUAGAUUUCAUUUGCCAACAGCAGGGUUAAAGAUUAUGCUUAAAAAAUAUACCUACGAUUAACAAAAAAGACGUUGCGCUGUUCACCUUUUGGGAGUGCUAAUCAAGCACACAAUCUAAGCGAAUUCUGUAUAUCCCGAAUUCCAUUUGUUAAAUGUGAAACAAUCCCACGCUGGAAUAAAAUGUCUGCGAUAGAUCGUGUAAAAAUAAUGGUCCUCGGGGAUUCGGGAGUUGGUAAAUCAUCUUUUGUGCAUUUAGCUGCCCACAAUGAACCAAUAAAAUCUCCUAGUUGGACCAUAGGCUGUUCCGUUGAAGUGAAAUUGCAUGAAUUUAAAGAAGGGACCAAAGAACAAAAGACUUUUUUUAUAGAGUUUUGGGAUGUAGGAGGAAGCAAUAAUCAUAGAAAUGCUAGGCACGUGUUUUACAAUCCUUGUCAUGGAGCCAUAUUAGUGCAUGAUUUAACAAAUCGCAAAUCUGAGGAGAACUUGCAGAAAUGGCUAAGAGAACUGUUAAACCGUGACACAGCUGAUAACAGCAAUGCAAGUUUUAGCAGCAUGGCAAGCUUUGAAGAAUUGGAUUCUGAAAAUUUAAUGGGUACAAAAACCUUAAUGCCCCUUUUAAUAGUGGGGACAAAGCUGGAUCAAGUGGAUGAUAAAAAGUCGAGCAGUAACUUUGGAUACAAAUAUGGAGCAGAGGAAAUACAACUUAAUUGCAGCCAGUCAAGAUACCUUGCGCCCGGAACAUCCAAUGCAGUAAAAUUAUCAAGAUUUUAUGAUAAAGUAAUUCAGAAUAAAGCCUCAAAUCGAACAAGGUCUUACCCAGAAAGAUUUGGAAGCAACACUGUUUUGUCUAAUUACUCAUCUAAAUUUUAUUCACUUCAUCAAGAUUAAUUAUGUAUUACGAAUAUUUUAAUUUAAUUAAAUAUAUAAAUCUUUAGAACAAUUAGUGCAAACAUGGUAACCCAUUCUAAACCAAGCUUAAGAUUACACUGUGUUCUUGUUUUAUUAUAAUUACUAUAUUUUUUUUAAAUAAAAUUGAAGAGUACAGGGGGAAACAGAUGAGAGUCCAAAAAACUUAAUUCUGUGUAAUUGUGAUUUUUAUUUAGGAAGAUUAGAACAUGGUAAACAAAAAUAGGAUUUUGGGAUAUAAUUAUUGCUAACUUGAACUAAAAUCCUUUAUGACACAAUAUAUAUAGAAAUAUAUUAAUAGUCAAUGCAAAAGUAUAAAAAAAACUUUGAUUUCAAUGCAAAAAACACUUGAAGAUCCAUAAUCUAUUAUUGUCAUUUUAUCAAUGUGGUAUUGCUGUUUAGAAAAUCUUGCGCUUUUUGAGAAUAGAAUCUUUUUAGAUGCUGUCUUGAAAUUUAACUUCACUACUAUACAUUUUAAAUUCUGUUUAUUAUCUUUGUACUCUCAUCUUUCUAGCAAUUUCUUAUAGGUGGAUAUUAUUCUAUAGCCAAUAUAUUAUAUGAAAUAACUGUUAGUCUUAUUUGGGCAAAAAAUGGACCCUCAUCUUUUUUCCCUUUACUCUUCAAUUGUUUUAGGAGAAAAAGGUUCAAAGGUAAACAUCAUUGAAGCUGCAUAAAUUAUUUAUUUUACAAUUCUUUUUCAAGUGUCACCUAUAAGGUGCAUUUCAUUAAUGGU